AUGUCGGGGCAGUCGGACGCAGCCUCGGCUCUCUUCGCCCUCAUCCACGACCUCCAUCACACAGUCACCGCCACCAUCGACACCGCCCUCGACUGGGACCAGCUCAACAGCCCCCCCAUCAACUACACCCUCGUCCGCCCACUCGUCCUGCGCUAUGCCCCCAAGCUCGACGAGGACAAAUACAAUACUAAUGGAUCCAGCAUUGUCGUGCCCCCCAACCAGGGCGGCGAGCUCGGCGUCGACAGGUCUGCACCCAUUCCCGCCAGCGGCCCAUCGCUCGGCCAGGUCCUCUACGCGCUCAUGGCCAAUCGCAUCCAAUUCAUUACUCUGUCUGCUGGGGACAUGAGCUCAGCCAUGGUACAGGCGACCCGUGCCGCCUUCUGCGAGCUGCUGGCAAUCAGGAUCCUCAGAGCCUACCCUAAUGUCCAAGAUGAAGCUGCCUUGGUGGGAGAGCUCGUCUAUUCUCAUUGCGCCUUUGAUGGGGCCCCCGACCAGAUCUGGGAAAGCUUGGGCGAGGAUAGAAAAGAUGUCGAAGAGAUGACCAGUAGCGCUCUCGAGCUCGCAAUCGUAUCGACCUCCAAGAACCUCCUCGCAUUGCCCCUGAUCCAACACCUCAUCAAACUCGUCUACUCUGGUCAACUCAUCUACUCUCCCGAGUCUUCCCGUUCAAUCAUUUCCGACUCUUACGUCUCUGAGCAGGUCUACAUGUACAACCCGUACGAGGCUGGGUGGCUAGACCAUUCGAGGUUGAAAGUGCCCAAGUGGAGAAAGAGUAUGGAGUUUGCGAGCUUUGCCAUUCUUCUGGCUCUCUUUGUGGCUACUCUGGCUUGGAGAGACUUGAACCAUAUUGCUGUGGUCGAGAUCGUCUACAUGGUAUUCUCUUUCGGAUUCAUGCUCGAUGAGUUCGCUGCGUCCAAGGAGCACGGCUGGUCCGUGUAUGUGGCGAACGCUUGGAAUGCUUUCGACCUUUCCUAUAUUGCCAUCUUCUUGGGCUACUUUGUGCUCCGUAUCCUUGCGCUUGUAUCUCACUCGCCCAAGACGUCUGAUUUGGCUUUUGAUAUUCUUGCCUGUGCGGCUUGUAUCAUCUUUCCCAGGCUUGUCUUUUUUGUCAUCAAAGAGAAUGUCGUGAUUCUUGCUCUGCGAGGGAUGGUGACCACGUUCCUUCGCUUUAUGCUUGUCACCAUCGUCGCAUUCAGCGGGAUCUGUUUCUGUCUCUGGACCCUUGGCCGGGAGACAUGGACCGUCAGACAAAUUGUCUGGCUCAUGGCACAAAUUUGGUUCGGCUCGUCCAACCUAGGUUUCUCCUCCAGCGAAUCAUUCCACCCCGUCUUUGGCCCCAUCAUCCUCCUCUCCUACGCCGCCCUCUGCAACGUCCUCCUGAUUACCAUGCUCAUCGCCAUCCUCUCGGCCAAAUUCGCCGCCAUCAACCAGAAUGCCCAGCAAGAGCACCUCUUUCAGCGCGUGGUCAAGACUGUGGAGGGUGUCAAGAGCGAUGCGCUGUUUUCGUAUCUUCCGGGUAUCAAUAUUUUGGCUUUGGGUUUGUUGGUGCCGAUCAGUUGGGUCGUUUCGGCGAGGACGUUGCAUAGGGUGAAUGUGUUUGCUAUUCGCUUGACUAGCUUCCCUAUCCUCAUUUCCAUCUCGGCUUACGAGCGAUACUCGUAUCACGCCAAGCAGAGCUCGUGGCUCGGUGGAGGCUCCGAAUUCCUCAUCGCUUCCGUCUUUGAACUCGGCCCUCCCGUUGCCCCCGAAGACAGCGACAGCCAAAGCGGCUUUACGACUCCCAAAGCUCUCGGUCUGACUUCUCUCCCCACGACUGACGAACCGGGGACCAUGACCCAGGCCGAGGAAGCCAAGCUCAAGCAGGCUCAGCAGGUGCAGAAGAAGAAGAAGAAGGAUGCAAAGAAGGAAAAGUCGUACGACUCUCCCCUUGCUAAAUUGUUUGGUCGGCCUUCCGUCUUUGCUUCGAGUGAUGAGUCGCCGACCAAGGCGGAAGCAGGUGGGAAGAGUGUAGGGGAUAAGGAGAAGGAGAUUGUGGAGAAUCUGGCCAACAAGGAGGAAGUGGAGGCGCUCAAAAAAGAGCUGGAGACUGUGAGGGAGAGUCAAUUGAGGAUGGAAGAGAUGCUGGCCAACGUCUUGGCUGGCAAGGGCGCGUGA